AAAUUUUCAAAAAAGAUAUUCUCAUAAAGAUAUUAUGUUACGAUAAGUAUUGGUAAGUUAUUAAACCUUAAUAUUCUAAAAUAAACUUCCUUCACACGUCUUAGAUGUCGGCACACUAUCUCUAUCCAAAGAUAUUCUAUGAUUUGGUUCAAUUUAGUUUCCUAGAUCAACGAAAACAGUAUAAUUAAAAAGAUAUUACAUAGGAUAUUAUUUCCAAAAUAUAUGAUAUGGAGAUAAGAUUUUAUAUGCGAGAAUAUUGCAUAAUAUCUUUGCACGAGCAAAACACUCCUUAUAUAACCUCCCUAUAUGACCUACAUUUGGACGACAACCUAACGAAAUUAAAAAAAAAACAACUAUGCCUCCAGUUACAAACAGGGAAAUCACUUUCUUGAACGAUCUCAAACCAUAUAAGACUACUUGGAAGGUGGAAGUUAAAGUUCUUCAUUUGUGGGAACAACACUCAAACUGUCCUGGAGGAGACACUUUGGAGUUCAUACUCGAAGAUAAGAUGGUAUAUACUCACUUCUUAAGAUAUUCUUUUACUAAAACCUUAUAUUGCCAACGACUUCACCAAAAUAUGAUUAUUUGUUAUUAUAGGGAGUCAACAUACACUGUAUCUGUAAGAGGCUCUUCUUUGCUCGUGUUAAGAACUUGCAUAUUGGUCAAUGGAUUUUCCUCGAGAAUUUUGCUGUUCACCAAGCUACCGGGAUAUAUAGAAGAACCAGCCAUAAAUACAAGAUGUCCAUCACAGAAUAUUCCAUUGUCACCAAUCCCUCUCUGACUACUUGCAAGGUAUCAAGUUUGUUAUUUUAUAACUUGACUGGUAUAUGAUUGAAAGUGAUUCCGAAUUUUUUGAGUGUGCUUAGGUUCUUUUCAAUGAUCAUGACAAAGAGUAUAAUGACUCAGAAGAUUUUUCAACAUCUUCCUCUAAGCGUAAGGAAAGAGAUGCUGAUCUUAAUGACAUGAAUUCUACAUCCAAGAAGUUAUGUGCUAAGAACAUCAAAACCGAGAAGACAAACGAAGAUUAGUUAUCUUAGUGUUACUUUAGAGAUGCUGAGUUUGUUGUUUUUCGAAAUUUCCAGUUUUUUUGUUUGAGAUUUGGCUUUGUUUUUUACUACUUUUCAUUUUAAUCAUAUCUUUUAUCAAUAAACUUCUUAUAAAACGUUUCAAUCAUGCAAAUGUGUUUGUAUCCUACUUAAUUAUGCAUCUGGGUAUCCAAAAACACAAUAUAAGUAUUAAAAAAUAUAUUUAUACAGGAAUUGUGUUUGUGGAAUAAAAACUAAAAUGAAAAUUAGUUGAAAGCAAUGAAAAAUACUCGGAGAUACUGAAAAGAUUUUGUUGUCUUUUUUCGACAAAUACUAUGCAAUUGAAUAUUUUUUAAUAGAUACUGAGAUAUUUUUGUGUCGUUUGUUAACUCAUAUGUUUGAUUAAGAAAAUUAAGUUAAUUACCAACACAUAAGAACGCAUUCUGCAAUUUCAAAUCUUGCAGAAUUUCCAUGAGAACCACAAACAGAGAGGUUCCUCCAGGAACCUCUAAUUUCCGAUCAGUGCAACAGAGAAAAAGAAAGAGAACAGCCAACACAGAUGAAUCCGAAAAUACACAGACAAGAAGUUCCACUAUGAACAACACUUCAACUUCUGUGCCUCUUAGCAAAGCGUUUCCUAGCUGAUAUCUCCAAUACUAAUCAUAGAUUAAGAUUGUCGCCACUGGGUAUGAGAACAAUGUACUACUACCAGGGAUUAAUUGAAUCUUUUUAAUUACAUCACCACUUCCGAUUGAUGUUUUUUUCAGAUAAUGGGAAUGGAAGGGAUGAGAAUGCUUUACCAAAAAGAGUUAAGAACACGGGAUAUAAGUUCACGUGUAAGUGUACAAAGAUAUCUCCUUAUAUAUAAUAUUAUAGAUUAUGACCCUGUCUUAUGUUUAUGAAAUUAGCGCAAGAGAGCAAUCAAACAACUGUUAACAACAUUAUGGGAGGAUCUGACAGCAUUACUGCGACAGGGAAGAGAAAGAUAUCUACAACCAUAGAUGUUGAUGACAGUACACCGUCUUCUUAUUCCGGAAAUCAAAAUUCCUCCAAACGAAGAAAUCUAUCUGAUAUUACCAAUAUCUAUCCUACUGUCAGCAACUUGCAGUCCAACCUUCAAACACCUUUUACGAGUGGAGGAUGUGUUUCCAAAAUAUCUACCAACGGUAUAAUUAAAAAUAUCCAAAUUUGAUAGAUUUUUCCUUUGUUUGUUUUUUCAAUUGUUUGACAGGGAGACUAACCUCUGUUAGCUUUGUCAGAUAAAGGGAAAGGGAAGGUAGUUGCUCGAGAUAACAAGAUAAAGAGUAAUACUCGAACAAAUAGUUGUAGGAAAACAUUGGAACCACAAUUUGCUGGUUGUCUAGAUGAUUCGUCAAGUGAGGAUGAAGAGGAUCAAGCAUACGACUGCGACUAUGAAGGUUCUACCAUGUUUUUAAUUUAAUCUUGCAGAAGAUUUUUUAAGAAAAAAUAAUGUCACUACUAUUUAAAUUAUGGUUUUCUUUCUGCAGAAGAGUCGGACUUAUACAAAGAACAAGUUUAUGACUGCAGUAGCGAAGAAAGUGGCUCAAGUGAUUGUGAAACCAUAAGCUGCGACCCUAUGUUAUCUCCAGAUACCGAUCACGUCUCACCCAAUGCCUUGCCAAAAGAAGGGUGUUCCAAAAUUAACACAAAGCCAACUGCUUCAGCUAAGCGUACGCAGAUUCCAAAACGUACUACUUCUCAGAAACAUUGUGGUAAUCAAUUUGAGAAGUUGACAAAGAAAUUCCUACUGAGUUAUUUUUUUUUAGUUUCAGCUUUUGAUUUUGUUUUUUUGUAUGCAUACAGGUUAUAUUGAUGAUGGUGAUCCUACUCACAAAUGUGAACAUUGUGGAGCUAUAAUGUGGUAUGGUGAACGGAUAAACAACAAAAAAAAGGCCCGUAAACCAAAGUUUGCUCUUUGUUGUGGUCAAGGACAAGUCCAACUUCCUUUGUUAAAAGAAUCACCACCUACACUGCAACGAUUACUCUAUGGUGUUGAUGCAAAGAGCAGAUAUUUUCGAGAAAAUAUUCGACAGUUAAAUAUGGUUUUCUCUUUUACGUCGCUUGGUGGUAAAUGUGACCGCUCAGUUCCAAGAGGAUGUGGCCCUUUAAAAAUGUUUGUACUCCAAGGAGAGAACUACCAUCUGAUGGGAAGUCUGAAGCCUCCUCCAGGAGACCCUGCUAAGUUUGGACAACUAUAUAUUGUAGACACAGAAAACGAAGUUGCCAACCGUGCAUCUAUAAUUGGAAAUUACAAGAAAUCUGCAGAAUCCUCUAAAAAGGAGACAAUUCGGAAUCAGGUCAUUGAGUCUUUACUAAAGAUGCUAAAUGAAGUGAACCCCUAUGUCCAUCAGUUUAGAUCUGCUAAGGAUAGAUUUAACACUAACCCCGAAGAAACAUUCCAUAUGCGCAUUGUUAGCAGUCGUGAAAGGGAUGGAAGGACAUAUGACACUCCCACAGCAUCAGAGGUUGCUGCAUUAAUUCCAGGAGAUUUCAAUUUGGACAUGGAUAAAAGAGAUAUUGUUCUCCAAGAGAAGCAAACUGGUUGUCUAAAGAGGAUUAGUGAGAUUCACCCUUCUUAUUUGGCACUUCAAUACCCCCUCAUAUUUACUUACGGAGAAGAUGGCUUCAGACUUGGUAUUAAGAAAAGAGAUACAGCUUCUACAGCUAAACUUAAGAGGCAGACUAUCAGUAUGAGGCAGUGGUAUGCUUUCCGUCUACAUGAAAGGGAAAACGAAUGUCAUACACUACUGAAUUCUAAACGAUUGUUUCAGCAAUUUUUGGUUGAUUCUUAUACUUCCAUAGAGUCUAACAGGCUUUGUUAUCUGCGGAUGAAUCAAAAAAGUCUCAGAUCAGAUUGCUAUGACUCUAUAAAGCAAUCCGAAAACGCUGGAAAACCUGAUAUGCGUGACCAAGGAACUGGAUUUUUGCUACCUUCCUCAUUCACAGGAGGACCGAGAUACAUGAAGAACUGCUACCUAGAUGCAAUGGCUAUAUGCAAAUAUUUUGGGUUUCCUGACCUGUUUAUAACAUUUACUUGCAAUCCUAAGUGGCCUGAAAUCACUAGGUAUCUACAGAAACGCAACCUUAUUGCUGAUGAUAGACCCGAUAUCAUUGGAAGGCUGUUCAAAAUCAAGUUGGAUUCUCUCAUGGUUCAUCUAACGGAUAAAGAGCUAUUGGGGAAGACAGUCUCUUCUAUGUACACUGUUGAGUGGCAAAAGCGUGGUCUACCUCAUGCACAUAUUCUCUUAUUCAUGCAUCCUAAUUCUAAAUUUUCAACCACUGAUGACAUUGACAAAGUUAUCUCAGCAGAAAUCCCAGACAAAGAGAAAGAACCAGAGCUUUAUGAUAUUAUCAAAGAUAUGAUGAUUCACGGUCCUUGUGGAGCUGUUAAUAUGAACUCACCUUGCAUGGAAAAUGGUGCAUGUUCAAAGCUCUAUCCUAAGAAUUUUACAGAUACAACUACUGUCAACAAAGACGGUUUUCCUGUUUAUAGAAGACGAGAACAAUCGGGAAGAUCUGUUGAGAAGAAUGGAUUCAAGUGUGACAACAGAUAUGUCAUACCAUACAACAAGGAACUGUCUCUUCGAUUUCGAGCUCACAUCAAUGUGGAAUGGUGCAAUCAAACGGGGUCUAUAAAAUACUUAUUUAAGUAUAUUAACAAAGGGCAGGAUCGGGUCACUGUUGCUGUUGAACCACCAAACACAGAAGAGUUGAAUGAAAAGAAAAAAAAUGAAAUCAAGGACUUCUUUAAUUGCAGGUAUUAUAUCUCUACUAUCAAUUGCAGGUAUGUCUCAGCUUGCGAAGGUGCUUGGAGGAUUUUUAUGUUUUCUAUUCACUAUAGAUCAACACCGGUUGAAAGAAUCCAGUUUCAUCUACCAGGGAAACAAAUCAUAGUUUUCAAAGAUGAUGACACUUGGGAAGAAGUAACUAGCCGGAAAUCCAUUGAGAACACUAUGUUUUUGGGCUGGUUUGAAUUGAACAAGGUCAGUGCAGUUGCUCGAACACUCACUUUAGCUGAGAUACCAACAAGGUUCACUUGGAAUAAAGCAGGCAGGAAAUUUCAAGACAGGAAGAAAGGAUUUGCGAUUGGCAGAAUUAAUUAUGCUCCACGAAAAAUCGAAGAGGCGUUCUAUCUGAGGGUUCUGCUUAACAUCGUCAGAGGUCCAACAUGCGAAGAAGAUAUUAAAACAUUUCAGGGGUACGAAUAUCCUACAUACAAGGAAACAUGUUUUGCAAUGGGGCUGUUAGAAGAUGAUCAGGAAUAUAUUGACGACCUGGUGAGAGCAAGUUUUACCGGUUCUGCAUGUUAUAUGCGUCAGGCUUUUGUCAUUAUGCUCAUGUCUAAUACUUUGUCAAAGCCAGAAGUCGUUUGGGAACAUACUUGGGAAUUUCUUUCAGAAGACAUUGAGCAUAUGAGAAGAAGGCAAUUACAUAGACCAGGUAGAAAAAAAAAACAGUAUGCGCUUAUAGAGAUUGAGAAGCUUCUAAAGAGUAACGGAACUUCUUUGGAGAAUUGGUCAAAGAUGCCUAAGCCGAUACCAGACAUUGUUAAUAACAAUGUCUUGAUUUUGGACGAGCUCAGUUAUGACCAGCAAGAGUUAGAAUCUGUCCUUGAGCGUGAUCUUCCAAAACUAACGGAAGAGCAAAGGAAGAUUUUCGACGAGAUUACGGAUGCUGUUUUCACACAACGAGGUGGUGUUUUUUUUGUAAAUGGAUUUGGUGGUACAGGCAAAACUUUCUUGUGGAGAUUGCUUUCCGCUGCAGUACGUGUCAGGCGUGAAAUAUGUCUGAAUGUUGCUUCAAGCGGGAUAGCUUCUCUAUUGCUUCAGGGAGGAAGGACUGCGCAUUCUCGAUUUGGAAUUCCCAUCAAUCCUGAUGAGUUCUCUACUUGCACACUUAUACGAGGAACUGAUCAAGCGGAUCUGGUGAAAGCAGCCUCACUUAUAAUUUGGGACGAAGCUCCAAUGAUGAGCAAGCAUUGUUUUGAAUCAUUGGAUAGGAGUAUGUUGGACAUUUGUCGAGAUAACGAAAAAAGACCUUUCGGUGGAAAAGUUGUCGUUUUUGGUGGGGAUUUUAGACAGGUAUUGCCCGUCAUUCAUGGAGCGGGAAGGGCAGAGAUUGUUAUGUCUGCUCUAAAUUCAUCGUAUCUUUGGAAGAAUGUAAAGGUUUUGCAGUUAACCAAGAAUAUGCGGCUCGAGUCGAAUAAUUUGUCCCCUGAAGAGGCCAUAGAUUUGCAGGAGUUCUCACAAUGGAUAUUAGACAUUGGAGAUGGAAAGAUUGGUAAAGAAAAUGAUGGGGAAACACUUAUUGACAUCCCAGAGGAGUUUUUAAUUCUUGAUAUUGAUGACCCAAUAUCAGCUAUAAGCACUGCGGUCUAUGGAGAUUCCUCUUUGUUACACGAGAAGGAGCCUAAAUUCUUUCAAGAGAGAGCUAUAUUAUGUCCUACUAACGAGGAUGUGAACAUGAUCAAUCAACACAUGUUGGACAAGCUUGAUGGAGAGGAAAAAUUUUACUUAAGCUCUGAUUCAAUCGACGCUUCUGAUAGAUUUUCAAAGAAAGACCAGGCUCUCACUCCAGAUUUUUUGAACAGAAUUAAAGCGUCAGGUCUGCCAAAUCAUAGCCUGCGACUGAAAGUUGGUUGUCCAGUCAUGUUGCUAAGGAAUAUAGAUCCUGUUGGGGGAUUGAUGAAUGGAACUCGGCUCCAGAUUACAGAGCUCUAUGACUUCAUGAUAAUGGCAAAGGUUAUUACAGGGGAAAAGGUUGGUCGAACUGUGUUGAUUCCAAGGCUUUCAAUAACUCCUUCAGACAAAAAAUUGCCAUUCAAAAUGAGGAGGAGACAACUGCCUAUUGGUGUGGCUUUCGCUAUUACUAUCAAUAAAAGUCAAGGACAAACAUUGUCUGAAGUUGGUAUAUUUCUACCAAGACCGGUUUUUUCACACGGUCAACUAUAUGUGGCUGUUUCUAGAGUGACUUCUAAGAAAGGCUUGAAGAUGCUGAUUGUUGACAGCGAAGGCAAGCCUCAACGCCAAACAAAGAAUGUUGUCUUUAGAGAGGUUUUUGAUAAUCUAUGAUCUAUGUUUUCAGUUCUGUUUUUAGGAACUUGCAGACGAUUUGCGAGUAUGAAGACUUUGGUUUUAUGUUUUAUGUUUAAUAAACGUUUAAGAUUCAUAACAGAAGGAUGUGAGUUUUUGGUGAGGAUGUGAACCCUCAGAAACAAACAUAUUAUGUUUGUUGUUAAGAAUAUUUUUCAAAAUUAUUUCUAACACGAAAGCCAUAUAAUUAUCAUAUUUACAGAUAAUAACACCAAAUCAAUCAAUCAAACUCCAGUUUCAAUCCUAACUACCGAUAGUCAGUUCCAUUCCUAGCUUCUAAAAUUCUGGAAAAAGUGUAAUACUAACUAAUAGAUUAUAUCAGAACAGAAAGGUUUCACAAUACAUGUCAAUAUGAACUUUAGGAAAAGUUCUUCGCUGCAGGAAGCAAUAUAAUUAGACCAAAUAUUGAAUAGACCAUCUCAAAUCAAACAAUCAAACUCCGGUUUCAAUCCUAACUACCGAUGGUCACUUCCAUUCCUAGCUUCUAAAA